AUGGUGGAUAGGGUAGGCAUGGGAGGAAUCUCUCUUCCUGCAGUUGCUACUGCCACUGACGGUGGUGAUGUUGCUACUGCUGGUGCUGGUGGUGCCGCCACUGCUGCAGCUGCUGUUACUGCUGGUGCUGCUGGUGCUUUAGAUGCGCUUGUGCCAGAGGCCACUGGAGGCACAGGCACCACUGAGGCGCUAGCAGAGGUUGGAGCAGCAGCGGCAGCAGCAGGGGGAGUAGCCGAAGCUGGAGCAGCAGGGGGAGUAGCAGAGGGAACAGCAGAGGGAGCAGCAGAGGGAGCAGCCGAGGGAGCAGCAGAGGGAGCAGCAGAGGGAGCGGCAGAGGGAGCAGCAGAGGGAGCGGCAGAGGGAGCAGCAGAGGGUGCGGCAGAGGGAGCGGCAGAUGGAACCACGUUAGAGGCCGAAGCAGGAGCAGAGGCAGAGGGCGUUCCAGAAGCACGGGCAGGGGCGGGGGCAGUGGCAGGAGCAGUAGCAGUGGCAGGAGCAGUGGAAGGAGCAGUGGCAGGAGCAGUGGCAGGAGCAGUAGCAGUGGCAGGAGCAGUGGCAGGAGCAGUGGCAGGAGCAGUGGCAGGAGCAGUGGCAGGAGCAGUGGCAGGAGCAGUGGCAGGAGCAGGAGCAGGAGCAGGAGCUGGAGCAGGAGCUGGAGCUGGAGCUGGAGCAGGAGCUGGAGCAGAUGGUGAAGAGGCCUGUUGUGCCUUGGCAGCACUGCUUGUCCCGGUAUUGCCAGCUGCAGCACUGCCAGUUUUAGCUGCCGCAGAGGCAGACCGAGGGCGUGCUGCAGCAUGCUCCACUGGAGGGUUCUGUGAUUGGGGCCGGAGGGCGACAAGAGAGAUAGAAGAAACGGAGAGAAAGGCGAGGGAAAGAGCGGGAAGGAGGAAGGGGUGGGGGUGA